UUGUUCGGACAACGACUGAACGACUGAACGACAGAGCGUAAGCGUACGUGUGAUCUGAGUCGGCACAAUUGUGCCAAGCAGAGCCGAACACUGGGUUAGACCGAUAAUAGAAUGAUGUCAGCAGUAGUGCUACGUUAUUCUCUAACGCUAUUGAACGUGACAAGUAGGGAUCGGUUGCAAAGUAUAAUAUAUGUAUAUAUAGUGUUCGUCUUCUCCUUACACAAUUGAAGGAGACAACCGUAUAAACGAAACGAACUGUCAAACGUCAUAGUUCAUGACGUCACGAACAUAUAUACUGUCAAACGCCACUGCCAUAAACAUAACUGUACAAAAUUGUCGAAAACUCUAGCUCCAUGAAUAGUACACCCUUUUAAAAUUAACAUAUAUUUACACAACAGUCUUCCUACUACUGACGAAACAAAAAACGCCACACUACCGCACAACACAACAUAAAGAAUGAGUAAAAGACUGGAGGCGGAGCACUGCCAUGAGCCACCAGUACCAUUUAAAAAAUACAAGAGCAAAAUUUCGGAACUGCUCGUAAUGGAUAUAGAAAAUGAACGAUUAAACUUUGUGAAAAUCGUGCCCGAGAGGCGAGUGAUCUCUAGCUACCCUUUAUGUCACAUACGGAAUGAAUUAUUUCAUGUGGUCACGCAAAACAAUCACAUAGUCCUCAUAUCACAAGAAUCGGAAGCUAUUUAUUCACUCGAUCUCAACAACAAUAUGGGUAAUUUCAAAUUCUGGGAGGCCCAAAGUAUUGGUGGAACCGGUGCUAUACUCCAUGGAUUGCUUUAUGUUAUCUGUGGACAAGACCGUUAUAAAAAUACCACACAACUCAUGGAAUGCUAUGAUAUACAAACGAAAAAGCGCUUAUCCAAGAAUAUUCCUAAAAUGAAUUACUUACUCAACGGUGUCGGUUUAAUUGCGCACGAAGACACUGGCCGUUUAUAUGUCAUUGGCGGCCGUAAUGAGAAGACCAAUAUAAAUGUAUCAAAAGUGCAAGCCUACAGUGCAGCUAAAAAUACUUGGACGGAAUUGCGUUGCAUGAAAUAUGCACGUUACAGACCCGCCUUGGUUGUCUAUCUGAACUCUAUUUACGUCAUUGGUGGUUAUGUGGAAAAUGGAAAAAGUUAUAUGGAACGUUAUGACAUCGUAGAGGACACUUGGAAACGGCUUGAACCAUUAAGCGUCAUGUAUGCUAAGGUCGAAAUCGCAAAAAUUUCCGCAAUUGUUUAUGAAGGACGAAUUGUAGCUUUUGGUUUGACUCCCGACUUUAAUGUCGUCAUAGAGGAAUAUAAUCCCGAUGACAAAGAGUGGAGACAGGUGCUGCUAAAUUGUUCUUCACACACGCCAAUUCUGUGCGAUAUAACUCAUUUGCAUAUUCCAUUUUCAAAUGAAACGCGUCAGCCUUUAUCAGCGUAUGAUAUUAGAUAUCAAUAAGACUUAUUGAAACCUCUCUGAGAUUUAAAAAAUAUCAUAACUACUAAAUUUUUACUGUUUUGAUUAUUGUACUUUUGAAUUAAAAACUGUGCAAUAAAUAAAGACUUUCUCAAAAGAGAAAGAAAUCUCAAAAGAGAA